AUGAAAGGAGACGCCACCAAGGCACCGAAGGGCGAGUGCGCCUCGUGCGGUAAGCUAGUGUCUAAGUCGAACAUGGCCAAGCACCGAAAGGUGUGCGGCAAAAAGAAGGCACCAAAGACGCGCAAGGUCAUCAACCGUGCGUCUUACAAGCGCACAAAGGACAAAAUCCUGAACAAGCGCUUCGAGCAGAGGACGUUCAACCGGUUUCGUCGUCUCGAGGUUGCCAGAGAACAGCUAGUCACGCUGAGCAAUAAGCCCCUCGAUGUUGAUCUCAUAAAAGUGAAGCAAUGGACCCCUGCGCCAAAAACGAGCCUUCUUCACGGUAUUAGUAUGGAUUCGAAUCUCUUUGCGAUCUGCCUUAAUACUCUUCGGGAGCGGUGCAAGAAGUUGUACAAGAUCGGACAUGCUCACGUGGAGUGA